GACGUCCCAUAUGGCGCUCAAACCUGCAAGGAAGGAAGAAAAUCAGAGAUUGUGAAUCAAGAUGGAAAAAUAUGUAUCAAUUGAUAGAAUCAAUCAAUAAAAGAGGAUAAAGAUAGAAUGAAAGUCACCGGAAACUCGUGGAUUCGAUACGACGAAUACUGUGUGAAGUAGAGCAUUUCGCCGGCUCAUGAGUCGGCCUCGGAGGAUCUGGAAUUUCUUCCUCUCCGUUGGGGUUUGAGGGCCAAUGGGACGCCAAAUGGCGCUUCUAAUUUUAAAUUUCCACUAGCGUCUUCGUCACGAAGAGGGGCGCCAUCUCACCUUCUGUAGGAAUUAUUUUCUCUCAGCGGGCCUACUUGCAGGUUAUGUUUGAGCUUGUUAAUUUACCACCUGCAUGUGCGAGGAUAAAAGAGUAAAUUGGCUUCAAAAUAUAUAGCUGAGGGCAUCUUCCCGCCAAACCAAAACACUAAUCUCGAGCCUUCCGACUGCGAAUAGCUUUCGUCCUCUCCUGCAACUUCCAAUGUCAAAGAAACGCGGCCUUUCAUUGGAUGAGAAGCGAGAAAAGAUUCUUCAAAUCUUUUAUGAGUCACAAGACUUCUUCCUUCUAAAGGAACUUGAGAAGUUGGGCCCACGAAAAGGUGUUAUCAGCCAGUCUGUGAAGGAUGUUGUGCAAAGUUUAGUGGACGAUGACCUUGUCUUAAAGGACAAGAUAGGAACUUCUGUGUACUUUUGGAGUCUUCCUAGCUGUGCUGGAAACCAGCUGAGGAAUGUGCAUCGUAAACUUGACUCUGAUAUGCAAAGCGGUGAAAGGCGCCUUGCUGAGCUUCUUGGUCAGUGUGAUGCAUUAAAGAAGGGAAGAGAGGAAUCUGAUGAACGGGAGAAGGCAUUAGGUGAGCUAAAAGCUGUUGAACUGAAGUAUAAUGAGCUGAAGGAUGAAAUGGGAAAGUAUGCAGACAAUGAUCCAGCUGCCUUCGAAGCAAUGAAAAAAGCGAUUGAAGUUUCCCACACAGCAGCUAACAGAUGGACAGAUAACAUUUUCGCACUGCAACAGUGGUGUUCAAACAAUUUUCCGCAGGCAAAAGAGCAGCUCGAACACAUGUACCAGGAGAUUGGAAUAACAGAUGAUUUUGACUAUCUGGAAUUACCAGCAGUUGUUUCACUGCUGAGUUGAUUAUGAGCUUGUGGAAAGCCAUCCUAAGGCAGACUAGAGUUGAAUGUUUUUGAUAAACAAGAGACGACGUCAUAUGGAUCAGGAUCAAGGAAUCAAUGGCCUAGCUGUUUGCCAUUUGCUGAUGUUGGCUGUUCUGCUGCCUUACCUAUUAUGUCAUUCCCUCAGCUCAACCUCACUUGGACCUAAGAAAUGGUGGUUCAAGAUUAAGACUCAUGAUUUAUAUAUGCGCAUGCUGCUUCUUGUUUACUUUUACAAUGUCCCAAAAAGAUUUAAAAAAAAAAAAUACGUUCUCUUUAUGUCAAAUGAUAUGUCCCCAUUUUUUUUCCCGCCAUUAUGGUUAAUGCACUUCCACGUCGCACGACUGUGCAUUGCGCUCC